GUCUGAGACAGGGGCCUCCAAGAUGGAAGCCACUCUGAAGGCUGAUGAUGAUGAGGAGGAAUUGCGACGACACCGUGAGCUAGUCAGACGUCAGCGUGCCGAGGCUGAAGAGGCCAGGCAGAAGGAGCGUGAGCAGGCACGGAUGAAGCGGCAAAAAGACUGGGACGAGCAGCAGAGACGGAUAAGACUUGAAGUGGAGCGAGAGACCCAAACAGAGAGGCUGGAGUCUCAACCGGAUAGUGCAAAACUUCGCCGUUGCAAAGAAGAGCUGGCAGCUGUGUCUCGCAUCCAGGCCGUUUUUCGUGGGCACCGAUCCCGAAGAGGUCAGGUAACAGCCUCUCCAGCUGUUUGUCCAACUCUACACGCAGAGCCAUUUCAGAAGCCAAAGGUGUUUGACCUGGAAUGAGUGAAAGGCAAUGAUAAAGAUUCAAGCCGUUCCCUCAUCGUUCAGACAGCCGUCUCCCACCCAGGAAAUGUGGGGGCACAAUCAUCAGCACCAACCUCAGAAAAGCAUGGUCACCUUGGCCUAAAUUGAAUUGGUUUUGCGAGUGCUUUUGUUCUGUUUUAUUUCCAAGCGCCAUGCGAUCAGGUCGGCAGAUGUGACAUAAAUGUCAAUUUCUCGGAAGCUCUCGCACAAUGUGUGGCAUCAUUUUGCUUAACGGCUUAGCAUGUUCAAUGAACUUUGAAUAAAUUCAGACAUGGCAGAGAAUGUGCCGACUUGGGCGUUCCUAAAUGGGAACUCUCAUUCACCGUCAGCCCUCAAGCAGAGAUCAAUCCUCGUGGC